AUGUUUUUAUUUAAGUUCUGCUGUGUUAAGUUUGCAGCUGGUUUUCUUGUCAAUUAACCACUGCUUACAUACUGUCCAAAGAUUGGCAACAGGAGAUGCAAAUGAAAGUAAGGCUUUCCUGAGGGCUCGUUGGCAAUACAAGAUUGGCUUGACACCAAGGUCCAUGCCGAACAGGAAUCUCUCCUCCUUUGAAGACAAUUCAGAAUAUGUACCGCUCAUAAACAGCGCAAGUGAUCUAAUGACACCUCUCUGUGACGAUGCCACUAACCAAGACCUGGAAGGAGACUAUGUGGACCUCUUAGAUAAUGCUGUUACAGCAGAAAUUAGGCCAAUCGCUCCCUGCCACCGUGAAAUGGGGGAUGCCAACAGGAUCCCAAAAGGCAACGAAGAUCCUGUUACAAGUGUCACUAAUAAUAAUAAGUGGGUGUGUGGAAGACUUCAGGCCAGCGAAAAAGGGGCGUGUACCCCUUGCCUAAGGAGAAAGUUUAACAAAGAUCUGGACGCCAAGGAAACAAAGUGUCGCUUUCGUCAGUCCUACUUUGCUGCUCUUAAAAAUCCAGUUAGCUUUAACUCUGCCCAAAUGGAUGACAUUUUGGAGGAACCCAUGAGCAGGUCCACCAUGUUUGCGGCACUAGAAAGUCCCAUCUGUUCCCGUCGCAAAAAUCAAUGCCAAGCGUCUUCGUCUUGGCUCUUCUCACCAAAAUCAGAGUCAAAGCCAGGAGAUCUACAUACACCGCUACGAAACCCAAAAACAAACCCAUCUACGGGGUCAGAUUCAUCAUCCCCGUCUCUUGUACACAGGUUCUCCUUUCUAAGAGGCCAACGCAAUUCUUCAUCUGGGAGUGAUGGCCUAUCAAUGGAUUCUAACUCAAGCCAGUACAGUGGAACAUGGAGACGGGUAUCUGCAGUCUGCUCCCCCCGGCUUAGUCGUGCCAAGUUCUCUGGAAAAGGAUCAGCAGUGAAUGCCACCCCAGGUAUCGAGGUGACAUCAUCAGUGCAGAAAGUGCCAUCAAAAACCGGUCUGUGGGUUUCCAUUGUAGGCUCUCCAUCUAGAGGGACCAUUCCUUGGGAGAUCAUUAAUGAUCCUCCUAUACAGUGUCAGGAUCUCAGUGCCAAGUUACUCUAUUCUGGAAUUGCAUGUCUUCCAGGAAGCCGGGACAAGAUGGGCAGGGCCAUAAUCCAAGUGACCACAGAUAGUUCAGCUUGGGAUGCGUCAUGGUGCUCAGUGAAGGAGGUGGCACGUCUGUUAAUGUACCUGUGUUCGGUGGCAAGCUUCCACAGAUCAGCAGUGAAUGCCACCCCAGGUAUCGAGGUGACAUCAUCAGUGCAGAAAGUGCCAUCAAAAACCGGUCUGUGGGUUUCCAUUGUAGGCUCUCCAUCUAGAGGGACCAUUCCUUGGGAGAUCAUUAAUGAUCCUCCUAUACAGUGUCAGGAUCUCAGUGCCAAGUUACUCUAUUCUGGAAUUGCAUGUCUUCCAGGAAGCCGGGACAAGAUGGGCAGGGCCAUAAUCCAAGUGACCACAGAUAGUUCAGCUUGGGAUGCGUCAUGGUGCUCAGUGAAGGAGGUGGCACGUCUGUUAAUGUACCUGUGUUCGGUGGCAAGAAAGGAGAUAAAAGACCUGGGACUGAUGGUUUUAAUGGACGCCAGGAAGCACCCUCCAUCUCCCUGCCUCCAUGCAGCUCUGCAGUGUAGCCAGGCUUCCUCUCCUGGCUCUAUCCAAAGCAUUGUGAUGCUUGUAGAAAAGGAGACAUCUCCUCAGAUGGAGAGAAUCCCUGGGCUGCAGGUGGAAGUCCUGACAUCACUGAAAUCAUUGGGCCGUUCAGUGGACAUUGGACAGCUCACCUGGGACCUCGGAGGCACAUACCCUUACUGUCACAGCGAGUGGGUCCAAUUUUAUCAGAAGCUGGAUGCUUUCCUGGCAGACCUGCGAAAGGCCUCCGACUUACUACAACAUGCCAUUCAGGAGCUGGGUGAAGGCAGCACUCCGCAGGACUCCAAGGAAGCAGAAGAAAAGAUGAACCAAUAUCGGGAGCUGAUGAAGGUGGUCCUGAGUGACUCACGCCUAGUAACGUUACAGCGGGAAGGAGGGACCACCCUGGCCAGACUGCGCAAGGAAGCAACUCGCUUCUGCUGCUCAAAGGAUGUCAGGAGUGCUGUGGAGUCAGCUGUGCAGAUGUACAAUCACCUGGAGGAACGAGUGCAUGCCUUAGUGACCAAGUCCAACCGUAGGCUGGAGCUUCUGGAGUCACUGCUGAAGGUCAAAGAGCUGGAGGGACAGUUUGACCAGCUCACCUCUUGGAUGGAUGGAGAUGGAGACAAUCAGCUGCGCGAGAUGGACAAUAUGGAAUGGUCUCUGGAAAGCUUAGAGAAAUAUCACAAAAAGUUUAAGGAGUUCUUCCUCCAAGCAACAGUGCAUUAUAACCACGGGCUGGUCCUUUUGGAUAAUGCAAAUAAAUUCAACGGGUCACUGUUUCCAGAGAUGGAGUCAUUUAAGGCUACAAGAGGAGGCUUCCAGACCAAACUAAGCAGUUUCUACAUGAAUGUGGAGAGACAGAAGGAGGAGCUGGAUAAACUUCUCAGUCUCUACAGGUUUUGUGAUAAGAUCACACAGCUCACUGUGAGUUGCAGCCGGUAUGUGGGCCAACUGAAGGUGACCGAACAAAGACUGUGCCAACCAGAGACCCAGCAGUGCCUUGAGACCUACUUGCAACGACUGACAGCAGAACUGUCAGAUGACAAAUUCCAGGAAAUGAAAGAGGAAGCCUACAAACUCAGCAGUUGUCGAGGGUUGGCAGUGUGGAAUGAGACCUGGCUCAGAUGUCAAGAGGCAAAGCAACUCGUGGAAGAAACUCUGGAGAAGUGUAGGGAUGAACAGGCUGCAAUGGCCUUAGGCUGGCAUAAAGAUACCACCUUGGCCUCUGGUGUUAGUAGUCAAGGGGAUGACACUGUGGUGAGUUUUUCAAGUGAUGUUGCGCAAGGGAAUCGAAAGGAGGCAGAAGAAUUUAGGCCUCGGGGCGGCAUGCGAUCUGCAGAGUCAACAAUUAUAAACUGUUGUAGUUUCGGUCUUCAUGGUGGCUCCAUGGGGCUCUUUCUGAAGGCAUCCAGGGGCCAUAGGAAUGGAAGGACAGCCAGAGAGACUGUAACCUCUCAGGGAUGCUCCACCAUUGAUGAAUCUAAGAACAGCAGUGGAUCAGACCCGGAGAACACUGAGCUGAUGGUACAGAACUCAAACAAUGAAGCUCUGGAGAUCUUACAUACUCCCAGCCCCAAACUUUCUAGGUCUGUCCCAGUUCAAAGUCCUCCUUCCACAGGUACAGAUCCCUUUCCAUGGAUGUACUACAGAAGAACAAGCAGUGAUGACUCAAGUAGCCUCUCUAGGGGUGAGAGUGGCAAAGGAGCGAAGCAGUCGGGAAGGCGAUGUCAUCUUUCUAGGCACGCCAGCUUCUCCACAGGGGAUUCAGCCUCUCAGUACUCCACAGAAAGUUCUUCAGCAGUCACUCCUCUGUUAGCAAUGGAGCCACUUAAUCCACGCCUUCCUUGGAUGAGAAGAGCUCUAAAUGAAUCAUCUCGAGACAGUGACUGGACAGCAAAGUUCAACUUUGCUAAACUCCACAGGAUAAUGGAAGAGCUGCUUGCCACUGAACGAGAUUACGUGUGUUCCCUGGGGUACGUCCUUUCUCACUACCUGUGUGAGAUGGAUCAGCCAGACCUCCCACCAGCCCUACGGGGUCAGCACGCUGCCAUCUUUGGAAACUUGGAAAAAAUCUAUGAGUUCCACAGUCAUGUAUUCCUUCAGGAGCUUACCAGCUGCAGAAGAGACCCCAGUAAUGUGGGGCGCUGCUUCCUCAAACAUAAAGAGCAGUUUGGAUUGUACGCAUUCUACAGCAAGAACAAGCCUCAAUGCGACCGCCUUCUACAAGAGCACGGGGCUGUGUUUUUUAAGAGAAAGCAGCAGGAACUGGCUGACAAGAUGGAUCUCUCCUCCUACCUGCUAAAACCUAUCCAGCGCAUCAGCAAGUACAGCCUGCUCCUGCAGGACAUGGAGUGGGAGUGCAAAGGACAGAGCACACGGGAGAGCGAAAUGAGGGCUGCACGGGAGGUCGUGCGGUUCCAACUGCGACACGGAAACGAUCUACUCGCCAUGGACGACAUUCAGGACUGUGAUGUUAACCUGAAGGAACAAGGCCGACUGCUACGCCAAGGGGAGUUUGCUAUCUCCUACAGGAAGAGAAAGUGCCUGAGGAGGGUGUUCCUCUUUGAAGAUCUGAUUCUUUUCAGUAAAAUGAAAAAAGCUGCCUCGGGAAGAGAAAUCUAUGUGUACAAACAGUCCUUCAAGACUUCAGAAAUCGGCCUCACUCACACAUUGGGAGGCAGCGGACUCUGCUUUGAAAUCUGGUUUCGAAGGAGGAAAUCGGAGGACACGUACACUUUUCAGGCCCCAUCUGCUGAUGUCAAGGAAGCUUGGACUGAGGACAUACAGAAGAUUCUGUGGGACCAGGCAAUAAAAAACAGAGAGAUGCGCAGGCAGGAGCGAGUUUUCUCAGGUCUGGGAUGUAAACCUUUCACGGAUAUCCAGCCGAGUGAAGCAGCCAUCAGUAGCAGAGCCAUUCCUCUGACUGGAGCUGCAGAUGAAAAUCUCCACUCCUCCCCAGCCAUCGCUUUACCAUUCCCCACAUCACCUCCUCCACUCCGCUCCAUGUCAGUGGGCUCCCGAAGCAGCGCCAGCAGUGCCGUUUCUCUGGGUGGAUGUUCCUCCACCUCUUCCGGUCGCGGUUCUCUCAGCCCCCAGCAUGGUUGUCCUGGAUCAGACAUGCCCUGGAGAUGCUGUAGGACAGAACCCCUCCAUGAAAAGGAGGCCAACGUCUUCUUAACGGCCAGUUCCGGCUCUUCAGAGGGAAGUGUGAGUGGAUUCAGCUCGCCAGAUUCCAGCCACCCGCCACUUGGUCAUAAUAACAUGUGUUAUCCCUUGGACUGCUGGCGUACUCAUCAUGCUAUGGACAAGCCACCAGCAAACAACAUCCCAUGAGCCCAGUGAGCUUGGGAGCACUGGCAACUCUUCCCAAUUAUCCAAAUGUCUCCUUAUCCCAUUGGUUCUAUUUAUGUGACUUUCCUAUAUAUGUAAAUAAAUAUGUGACAUUCUAGUGGACAAUGCAACGCUAUAACAAUGUAAUCUUGAAUUUCCGUGUGGCUGAGUGAUAUUUAAAAGAGCUCUUUAGAAAGUCUUUUCUUGUCUUUAGCCAGUUACAUGUAUUUAUUU